AUGGCUCCAAUUAUCCACUGCGUCCGCCACGCCCAAGGCCUGCACAAUGUGUCCACCGCCAACCAUGUCAUCCAAGAUCCCGUCCUUACCGACCUUGGCCACGAGCAAUGCCAAACACUGCGCGCGAAGUUCCCCCGCCAUGCCAAUAUCGACCUGGUGACUGCCUCGCCCCUCCGUCGCACACUCUACACUGCGCUCGAGAGCUUUGCGCCGGUCUUCGAGUCAAAUCCGGACUUGAAGAUUAUCGCCCUGCCUGAUAUUCAGGAGACCUCGGACGUUCCAUGUGAUACUGGCAGCGAUCCUUCUGUUCUGAAGGAGGAAUUCAAGACGGGAGUUGAUCUGGAUCUCGUGCAAGAUGGGUGGAACAACAAGGUAGGUUCCUCACUUUUUGGAAACUCGGGAUUGCCUCGACAGUAUUCAGCACAUGGUGUACUCACAUUUUGUCUCGAAAAGCUAUCCGGUCGCUACGAGCCGACCAACAAAGCCCUCAAAGAACGCGCUCGUGCAGCCCGUCGCUGGCUGAAAGCACGCCCGGAGAAGGAAAUUGUCAUGGUCACGCACGGCGGUUUCCUGCACUAUUUCACUGAAGACUGGGAGGACAGCAGCCAGUUCCAGGGCACCGGCUGGUCCAAUACCGAGUACCGCACUUUCACUUUCAGUGAGGAGAUACACACAGAUGAUCUGGAGGGAUACCCUCUGGAUGGUGAUAAUGCUUCACUUGAGGAGACUCUUGACUCACGGCAGCGCCGGGGUAAGACUGGACCUAUGCCUAGCCGGGAGGAACAGAAGACACUGUAUAAGAAGGGCACCCAGGGCUGGGAUGACCAGGGAUUGCAGAUGAGCACCGCUGAACGGGAGGCGGCUAAGGUUACCGAAGGUGAGGAGGUCAAUGGGGUCCGGGUAUGA